AUUUGAUUAAGUAUGCUUGGAUAGUAAGUGUAGCGGCUCUGACGAAAAAAAGGGAACAAAUAUUCCACAAAAUGAUGUAGGAAAGCAGAAGACUCUGUGUUGCCGGCACAGCAACCCGUGAUGGCGUCCACCUCCGGUGGUGCGUUUCUUUGAAAAUACGGGACUCCUGCUUGUUGACGACCUAACGCAAAAAUGAUUUCCCAAACGAUGCAGCAAGUCGCUGAGCAGGCUCAGCAGGUUGCCCGCGAGCAACAGAUGCUGGAGCAGGCUAUUUUGCUUCUUUUCGGCCCACACACACCACAGAGAGCGGAAGCAGAGGCUUUCGUUUUGCAGAGGGACCUGUCGGUGUUUCCUGCAUUGUUCUCGUUGACAGCAAGCGAGCAAGUGCAGUACUACUGUCUGAUGCGGUUGGACGCGUGCGUGGAGACGUCAGUGGAAGUGCGGACACAACUCAUUGUGCCAUUCAUUUUGAACUUGCUGAACAACACUGCUGGUGGAAGUGGAACAUCAACUACAACUUCUGUCUCCGUGACCGGUGGUAACACGACACGUACUGGAGGAGGAGCUACGUCAGCCUCCUCAAGUUCCACGAGUAAUCAUGUGAACACUUCUCCAGCACAGCGUCAUCUCAUGGCGCUUCCAAGUAGUCUGAGGAAUAAAGUGGCUUACCUUUACUACAAGUGCAUCGUUCUUGACUAUUGUCGUGGGGAUGCAGCAAGAGACAACGAAGAUCAAUACUGGAGUCGAGCUUUCACGCAAAUCUUUGAUCAUGCUGCUGCUGGAUCAAGAACUUCUCAACAUGAGCAGGACCAAACUCAGGCCCGUUUGAGACAGGUCGAGUUUUUAAAUCGAGUUCUCAUGGAGCUUUCGGACAACUUGUUGAGCGAAGAAGCUUCCUUUCGUCUGAGUACUGGGGAACAGCGGCAACGAGCAUCGAAUGCCAAAGAGAGGAUAAAAGCAAGGGACUGGGCAUUUUUCCUGCAAGUGUGGACAGAAGUGCUAGCAAUGUCGACAACGCCAGCACAAAAUAAUGCGUCUAAGAAUUUGACGGCUUUGCAAGCAGAUUGUGUAGCGACUAUGAGGCAUUUUGUGCCGUGGAUGACCGCAGGGAAAGUAUGGAACAACAAUUUGGUUGGCUUGCUGAAGUCCUUGAUGUUGGACGCGGUGCAGAAAGUAAAGAGUGGGCAAUCUUCAGCAGGCGGACCACAGGGUCAUUUGAAUCAAGGCAGCCUUCAGAAUGGUUCUUUACUCCAGUCAGCCCAACAGAGUCCUGGUGCAACGAAUUUAGCAACCACGAGUGGUGGCACACAGCGGUCUCGACUCAGCGACGCUUCUCUCUCCACUACCGGCAGUGACGAACUCCAUCUGGCCACUGCUUCCGCUGCUGGCACAUUCCAAGCGCGGCUCAACAACAACCAAGCGGGUUAUAGUAUCAGUCCCUCCACUAGGCGAGGGCUCUAUCCUGCCUGCUGUGACGUCUUCGUGGCUCUGCUGGAGAGGAAAAUGAGUCCGACUGAUAAGCUGCAAGCCUUGCGAACAUUUGGAAUCACGGAAUUCUUUUUGACUGAAUUGACAAAUGCAGAACAGAUGAGUGUCAAUACUAGUAGCUGCACAGCCACUCUGCUAGAACUGUUGCAUCUUGAGAAGAAGGCGGAAGUGAUGGACAGUAUAGCAGAAACGGUUUUGGAGUGCUACGUCAGCUUGCGCAAGGAAGCCAAGACCUAUCACAAAAACAGCGGUGGAAAACGCGUGAAAAAUAAGCAUGGCAUUAGCGGAAACUCUGCUCCUGGAGGAACAGCCACUACUUCGUCCUCUUCUGCAAAUAGCACUAAUACAGCGCAUGGCAGCACAGCUCUAGGUUCACCACACGAUCAGGCUGAACAGGAAGCAUUGUUGCAGUUGAGCGAGCUUUUGCCUAGGAUCGCAGAGUUCUUCUGUCAUCCGAGGUUUUCAAUCGCAAACUCCGUCGAGGAAUUUCUCACUGAGUUUUUCAAAGAACUUUCGCACAUCAUCGUCCCAGACCAUCAGGUCCAAGACCAAGAUCUGGCGUCUUCUUCGCAGCAAGGACACCAUUUUGCCUCAACCACGGCUUUCCAACCACCGAUUCUUUUUGGUUCUGUCAGCUACGAUCCAACAAGUGGCAGUGUCACUGCGCUUACCCCAGCUUCCAAAAUGCAGCGGUUAGCGCUGACACCGACAACGCUGCGGCCCUUCUUUCAAGCUUUACUUGAUGCGUUUGUGCUGAGAUUGGCGCUUCCAAACUGGUUCUCGGUCUUAGAUGAAGAUGACAUGGACCACCAGGAAUUUCUAGAGUUCCAGAAGAAACUACACCAUUACCUACGAGUGAUCAUGCAACUUGAGGAAAAUCUCGUUUGGUCGUGGCUGAAGUCCCAAGGAGAGCGCUUGGCAGCUGUGCACAUACCGAAACUGUAUGGAAAUUCCCCUGGGGCGGGACCAGUUGUUGGCACGAGCAGCAGCGGCAUUAAUCCUAGUAACAAAGGUCCAGACAACUUUGAUGUCAGCAGAGGAGCAGGACCGAACAGUGGUUUGCUUCACACCAACAAAGACGAAAGCAAUUAUCCUUCUGCAGAAGCACACGUGGUGAGCUACUGCCAGUGGCUAGAGGAGCUGGCGGAUCUGAAGAUGAAAGAGUUGCCAAAACUGACUGGCAGCCAUCCUCUAGUUCAGGUUGUCUUUUUCAUCCUUCAACAGAGCGGUCUGCUCUCAAAUUUGGGCCAUAACCACGAUCUACUGCGUGUCGCUCUGUGCGACCUGGCGUGCAAAUAUGCGCUGGUGAUAAUUUCAACCGCAGCGAUGUCUCCUGAUCAUGGUGGAGGCGGAGGGUCUAGUACAACGGGUGGGCAGCACAAUGGAGUUGGAGACACUACGGCCAGUAACGGUCCUGCACAAGCACAAGGACAUCAUCCAGGAGCUUCUUCUAGUGCCAGUGCCUUCAAGCAACAUCAGAGUCACAACGUUGUACUUUUGCAGGUUUUGGAGUUUUUUGUCCGUAAUGGCCUGAGCUGUCCUCGCGUGCGGAAGCAAGCGGCCUUCUGUUUCUUGCGAUUCGUGAAGAGAGUUCGCAGUGCAGUUGCUUGUUGUGAGCAGACGGCUGCGCAACUGACUGAAGCUAUAGCGCAACAAAGACUGCUGCACAUCGCCGUAGUCCAACAUCCAACGAGCUCUUGCUCUAGUGGAAAUAAUGAUACCUCUGCAGAUCAUCAUGUUGAAACAUCAAUUGAAAGCCAGGAACUUCUACAACAAGAUGCGGCGGACGCGCAGGAAAAUAUCUUUGAGGCGCUUGGGAUUCUUUCUGUGAGCAUGGGAAACCAUACACGAGAUUUUUUUCAGAAAAUUCUAGAGAUUCCGGUAGCCCAACUCCAGGAGAUCUUGAGUAGCACAGCGAAUGUAGUUGGAAA